GUAUGAUGCGCCAUGGCUCUUCGCCGAAUGUUACCUGUGUGCGUUGAACCAGUCCCCCCACCGACGUCCGACGUCAGGCAUCAGACAUCAGACAUUAGACGUCAGAGUCAGAGUCAGAGUCAGAUGUCAGAAGUCAAAGCGAUCAUGACCAUCAAAAAUAAGGAUCAUCAUAAUAACAAGGUUGACAAUGGAAUCAAACAGACCGGCGCAUGAGCACCCUGUUCGCCAAGUCCCAACACUGGCAAGACUACGAGGUGUUUGCACCGCAGAAACUAGCAUCCUUUCAAUCCGCUCAGCCGGCAGUUGUCGAGCUGGCCAUCCGGGACCAGGACCAGGAACAUCGGCAGCUAGCGGCAGUCGAAACGAGGGCAGACGACGAGGGGGAGAGGAGCCCCGGACAGGCGGAGAAGAAGUUGCUGCUGCUGGGGAUUGCCACAGUGUCUAACGACGGACAGGGAUCCUUCUGCACGCCAGAAGCAGUCGAGCAGGUCGGCUACGGUCAUCCCCCGCUUUCUGAAAAGGAGUUGGUUGCUGUACGGUUUCUCUUUGGGCGGUGGAAUCGACUUCGAUGAGAUUCUCCUCCUAUCAACGGCUGUGGAGAGUUGACUUGUCUUACUUUGGAUUGGCCUUUUUUUAUAGGUAGUGUUUAGUAUUCU